AUGCCGAAAGAAGAGCCCAUUACCUCAACAGAGCAGCAACAAACGUUUGAUAUCUAUAGAAAGGCAAUGACUUUCAACAUCCUCUCGAGAUACGAUCCACAGGUGAACCAACUAUUGUAUUUAUCCUCUCAUUGUGUGGUCUACGAGUUCAUAGAUAAUGAUUGGUCCAAACUGGAUUACCAGGGAACCAUCUGUCUCUAUUCCCGUAAGGAAUAUGAAAAACAAUCAAACAUUCAACAGCAUUCAUUGGACACGAAAACUAUUAUUUCAAAUAAUCUUUUCCAGUUCGGAAUUAUCAUUUUCAACAGAAACAAACCUGAGAAUUUCAGCAUCGGGAUUAUUCCAAACAAGUUUAUUGCAAAUCAGUCCGAUAAAAAGUUGAUAGUGGAACAGCAGAACGAGCUCAUUAUUGUCAAAGAUCUCUUAGGAACAGUCUACGGUCUGUGGGUGUUUGACUCCAAGGACAGGGAGAUGAUCUAUAAAAUGUUGGAUUACUGCAUCAACCAGUAG